UCUUGAUCAACUCUUCCGGCACUAAUCAAUGGAGAUUGCAGGACAGGUCACACCGUCAACGUGGUGUCGGUUCUUCCAGUGCGUAAACUCGGACGAAUCCAUCCCACCCAUGCAUGAGAUUUUGAAAUCAUCUCAUCGUCCCAUUGCAAGUCACGUAUCAAUGUUUUGCAGGUGGCAAGUACAUCUUUCUAGAUCUAUGAUAAGGUUUUCCGAUGCGGCGGCUGAGCGCUGGACGCCAGCACUUAUACACAUACUUAUACAUAUAUCUCCCAUGGCCCAAAUCACUACGCACCUCGUUCACUGGGGCCACAAUGACGCCUGCGCUCUUCACACCCAUCCAAGCAGGGCGCAUGAAUCUUAGCCACCGUAUCGUCCUCGCCCCCCUCACUCGUUUUCGCGCCUACCCCAACCACGUACCAGGGCCCCACGCAGCCACCUACUAUGCCCAACGUGCCUCCGCCCCUGGAACCCUUCUCGUCUCCGAGGCCACCUUGAUCUCUCAGGCUGCUGGCGGAAUGGACUUCGUCCCGGGCAUCUAUACACAGGAACAGGUGGAAGGAUGGAAAAAGGUCACGGAUGCCGUGCAUGAAAAUGGUAGCUUUAUCUUUUGCCAGCUGUGGGCACUUGGAAGGGUGGCAUUUCCGGAUGUCCUCUCCAAGGAGAAUCACUCCCCGCUUGUAUCUGCCUCCUCUAUCCCACUUUCUACCCGCCCUACUCCAGUCCCGCACGCCCUCACAGAGCCAGAGAUAAAGACAUACAUUACUAGUUACGCCACUGCUGCCAGGAACGCCAUCGCAGCAGGCUUCGAUGGCGUCGAAGUCCAUGGUGCAAACGGAUACCUCAUCGACCAAUUCUCCCAAGAGGUAAGUAAUACUCGCGAGGACGACUGGGGUGGGAGUAUCGAGAAGAGAGCGAGAUUCGCGAUCGAGGUCGUGGAUGCGGUUGUGAAAGAGGUUGGUGCUGAGAGGGUCAGUAUCAGGUUGAGCUCAUGGAGUCCCUACCAAGAUAUGGGAUCUUCCGACCCAAUUCCACAAUUCUCCUACCUCGUCCACCAGCUCCGAAACCACGACCUCACUUACCUCCAUGUCACAGAGCCACGCGUCAGCGGCAGCCUCGAUGUGGAUGCACCGCCGCAGAGUAGCAACGAUUUACUGCGUCAAAUCUGGUGCGGUUUGGGAAAGAAUGCCGUGUUUAUCAGUGCAGGUGGGUACACACGACAGACGGCGAUCGAGACAGUGCAGGAGAGGGGUGGUAUGGUAGCGUUUGGCAGGUUGUAUAUUCCGAAUGUUAGUCUUCUGUUUCCUUCUACGUGCUCUUUCAAUGUUCCACAUUUGUGCUGAUCGCUGUCCGUUUUCUUGCUGACAUAUUUCUCUUCGCGCCCCUGCGGUCAAUCUUUUGGUUCUGUCUUAAACGCAAUUCCGCCUUGGUCGCUACCUAACCACUACGCCCUUCCAACAGCCCGACCUCCCCAUCCGACUUAUGUAUGACCUGCCGCU